UGUGUUAAAAUAGUCUUGGACUGGGUCUAUGAAAAGGAAAGAAAACCUGCAUUAUCGAGGACAAUAUCUGUGCCAGACCUCCUGCUGUCCACACUAAGUUCCAGGAUUGUGCUUCGAGUUUUAACCUGCCAUGGAUGCCAAUCCAGCUCUAUUUCUGUACCCACUAGAGCAUUCUAAAAUCCUCCAUCUGGUGAGGCAUGCACAGGGAAUCCACAACGUAGCAGGGGAGAAAGAUCAUGAUGCGCUGUUAUCUCCUGAAUAUUUUGAUGCGCAUCUGUCUCCUUUGGGCGAGCAACAAGCGGGCAAUCUAAGGAAGCAAAUUCAUGCAUCUGGACAACUCGAGAGGAUUGAUUUAGUCAUCACUUCUCCUUUGUGCAGGGCCAUGCAAACCGCCAUACAAGUCUUUGGCAGCGAAGGCCAGAUGAAUGAAUCAAAGGCAAAUAUAGACAAUAGUGGGAUAUCAAGUCUCAAAUGCCCACCAAUUGUAGCAUCUGAACUUUGUCGAGAACGUUUGGGAGUUCAUCCAUGUGACAAGAGGAGAACCAUUAGCGAGAAUCGGUCUCGUUUUCCUACAAUUGAUUUUUCAUUGAUAGAAAGUGAUGAAGACAUCUCUUGGAAGACUGAUGCUAGGGAGACUGAUGAGGAAAUUGCAGCCAGGGGCUUGAAGUUUAUGAACUGGUUGUGGACACGACCAGAGAAAGAAGUUGCAAUAGUUACUCACCAUAGAUUCUUGCAGCACACAUUGAAUGCUUUGGGAAAUGAUUGCCAUCCAUCAGUGAAAAACAAGAUGUGCAAAAAGUGAGUAGCAACUAUUUUUCAAUUCGAGAACUGUGAACUUCGUUCAAUGAUCAUUGUUGAUAAAGAAUAGGUAAGCAUGGUGUGUUUCGAAUAUAUUAAAUACAUGUUCCUGUUCCUGUUCCUGUUCCUAUACCAUGUGCUCCUCUAUUUCCCUGCAGCAUUAUUUCAAGGCAUGACCUCCCAAGUUAACCUGAAAAGGAUAGGCUUUCAGGAGGGGAUUGUUCAAUCAGUCAGCCUGUGUGAGAGUAUCAGAGAUACCCCUCAAUGAUCUCCGUGUAUGAAAUGCUUGAUCGAUGGGACUAGAAGAAUAUGCGCCUGUGCACAUGUUAUUUGCAAUAAGUUUAUCCUGUAUAACAUAUCAAGUAUCGACAUAUGCUUGUUGCGCGGAUAAUUCUCUUUAUGAAUUUGGGAUGGAUCAUAGCUUCCCUGUUAUUUUAGUGAAGAGAGGGGUGGAUGGCAUUGGGCCUCAUGACCCCUCACUAGCUUGCUUGAAUUUUGGAUUUGUUACUCUAAUCUAUUGUGCUGGGUUGCAACAAA